AUGUCCGUGCCACCGCCGCCACCGCCCCCGCAGGCCGGCGCUUCCGCCGGCCCGCCGGUGGGCGACAACCGGGGCUUACUGCUGCAAUCCAUAAGGGCGGGCAAAACUCUGAAGAAGACUGUUACCGUGGAUAAGAGCACGCCUACUGUCGCCGGGAGAGUGACAGGCGAAACGACGGGCCCUUCUUCGUUAAGUAAUAGCAGAGCUAACAGUUCUACUAUUGGCAAUAGUAGGACUAAUAGUUCUAGCGCAAUGAGCGGCAGCAAUAAUUCCAGCAACGGCGGGCCCAAGCUGGGCGGUUUAUUCGCGGGUGGUAUGCCAAAACUGAAGCCUACGGGACUGAGAGGGAACAUGACUGAGAAGGAGGGACAAAGUGUAAAUAAUUCUAGUUUCCUUCACUCGUCACCCGGCACGUCUCAGAGUAUAAGACGUGGCCCACCCCCAGUUCCGCCACCGGCCGCGCAAAAACCGCAGCUAUUCAGUCAGGGGCAAAGUACGACCGAUUCCGCGACGAGCAAUCCGGAGGUCGCGCCCAGGGGAUUCGGGAAGUCAACCGUCGUGCCUAAACCAGCGCCGUCUGCCACCCUGCAGAAACCGUCGCCGCCGCCUAAAAAGCUGAAUUUGACGAGCAGCGCGAGCGUGGCGAGGGCGCAGAGCAUGCGACUGCCGCGGUCGCCGCCGGUCCUGGUGCCGACGCCGUCCUCGUUGCACCAGUCGCAGGACUGCCUGAACGAGGCCACCGUCAUGACGCCGCAGCCGGUGAGACCGGCGAAUCGGGUUCUCAGGCCUCCCGUGACGAGGCCGCCGUCGCCGCCGGUCUCGCGGGUGACCGUGUCCGCGGCGAGGCCGCCGUCGCCACCGGCACCGCCAGUGCACUCGCGGUCGCACACGCUGCCCGUGACGGCCAUGAGAGCGGCGCCGCCGCCGCCGUCGAGGAUCACGGUGACCGCGCCGUGCAUACCGCCGCCACCGCCGCCGCUCCCCCAUCGUCCUGCGCCCACGCAUCAGAGACUGGCACCGCCGCCGCCGCCGCCGCCGACGCCGCCCACGAGGAGUCUGUCGGUGCGCAACGGCGGCGCGCAAGCGGCCUCCACCUUCGACCUGGAGACGCGAUUCGCCGAGAUGUUUCACGCCACGCCGAGUUUUCCGCCGCCGGAACCCUUUAAGGGCUUCAUCAAGGUUUAUAGUAGCAGGCAUGCAGCAAAGCAACAAGCACCAGCUCCACCUCUUCAACCGUCUUCUACUCCUAACACCCUGCAUUCGUUAAACACUUCGUCUGGGAGUAAACAGUGGCAACACAAUGCGACCUCAUUGGCAUAUUGAAAUCUGUGCAUACUUAAAUCAUUGCCCCGUGCAUUGAUUACUUGUUUAAAAACGUCUCGAUGCUGCCACAAAUAAAAUAAAAAAUGUUAAAUUAAGUGAGCAUGGAAAAGGUGUGAAUCGGCUAGAGUAUAAAAGUUUUCGAGAGCGAGAGAGAGAGAUUCCGAAUUCGCGCGAACCCAAUUAUACAAUAAAACGUUUUAGACAAUAUUUUCUGUACAGUUUAUCUUAGAAGAAAGAGUAUAUUUAAUAUAGAUUAUACUUACAUAUGUAUAUGUAUAAAAUAUAUAUAUUGAAUGUAUAUUAUAUAUUUUAUAUAUAUACAUGUGUGUAUAUAUAUACAUAUAUAUAAAAAGGAAUCGUUAGAAACUCUAGGCCUGUUGUUAUCUUAACAGAAAUCUAAAAGAGAGAUUAAAAUGGAAGGCGCAUUCAUUUUUAAACAAAACAUCUAAAGCAUACUCGGUUAAUUUUCUUAAUCAUUGUAUUGUAUUUUCCUUAUUUAUCUCUAUGUAAAAUUAAUAAAUAUCACAUCAAAAUCAUUAAUUCAGGA